GCUCUUGCCAAAUUGCGCUCCUCUGUGCGAGCUUGCCGCUUCAUCACAAACCAAUCCCAGGAGCCUUGCUCUGUGGUGCAGGGGAAUCUGCGUGGCGCAGGCUUUCAUGUUGGUGAUGGCGAAAUCUUCAGUGCGCUUCGUGCUGCACGGCAUUUCGUGAAGCAGCGAAAGCUAAGGCCACUGUGUUUGCUCAGCUCUGCGGCCAUGGAGGAGUUCCGUGACGUGCCACAAGAGGAGCCAAACGCGGUGGUUGUCGGAACGGCACCGGAGCAGAUGCACUACGAGCGGCUAACCGAAGCCAUGCGAGUGCUCCAAGCCAGCGAGGACAGCCAUCUCAUCGCUGUAAACAAGGGCCGAUACUUCCAGCGUGACGAUGGCUUGGCGCUGCAGGCUGGCCCCUUCGUUGCGGCGCUGGAGUUUGCAACAGGCAAGACGGCGACGGUGGUGGGAAAACCGGAUUGGGAGUUCUUCCAUUCUGCCGUUGAAGAUGCGUCUGGAGCGACGGGUGCAUCCAACGACUUGCCCCUCGGGGACUUCGUCAUGAUAGGAGAUGACGUCAUCGAUGAUGUCCAAGGCAGGAUCAAGACGAGUGUCACGAAACCAUUGAAUAAUAUUGAAUAA